AUGGACAUUGAACUGCUCCGUCAGUCGUGUGGUAGGCUCUGCCGUUCGAGAACCUUCCAGAAGUUUCCGACCUUUGCAGCAGUUGGAUUGGCCGUCUGCUCGAGUGUUUCGUUGCUUCUUGUCGGUUGCAAAACUGCGGAUCGAGCAGUGACUCGAAGGGAACGGAUGAAAGAGUCUUCGAGAAGAAAGAAGAAGAGAAGGGAUUCGGAACGGUCGAAGCGGCAGAAAAGCAAGAGAAAGAGCGAAAGACAGAAGAAGAGUGCUCGGAGCAGAAAGAGCAAGAGGGAGAAGAGCAAAAGAGAGAAGAGCAAAAGAGAAAAGAGCCGGAGGAGCGCUCGGAGCAAGAAGGAAAAAAAGAACAGUGCUCGGAGCAAGAAGAUGCAGAAGAGUGGAAGCACGAGAAAAGGAUCGAAGGAUGCGGAAGACGGGGACGGAGGCUCGAAUCGCUCGAAUCGCUCGAAGCGCAGUCGGCAGAGAAAGAUUGAGGAGGAGAGGGAUCGGAAAGACAGAUCGGACUCUUCGGGCAGGAAACGACGGUAUGCGGAGGGAGUGUCCGAAUGGGAACUAGCAUGUUUUCUAGGGAGGAGGAAGGACCGAGUCGACGUGGCAGUAAGAGGGAAUCUUCGCGCAGAAACUCUUCCAGAAAGUCCGGCUGUGAAGACGAUCGUGAAGGAUCUGCUCGCAAAUCGAAGUCCCGUCGAAACCAGCGAUCAGAAGGAAAUCCGAAUCGGAGUGAAGACCGUCUACAGAAGAGUUCGAGCAAGAAGAGCAAAAAGAGCGGAAAGAGCAAGAAGUUUGUUAUACUUUUCAGAUCCUUCACAAUUGAUCACUUUUCAGAUCUGUCACUAGUUCCAACGUCAAGAAGAGUUCGUCGAAAAAGAGCAGAAAGAGCCAGAAGAGUCAGAAAAGUGAGAAGAACGAGUUGAAGACCGCGAGAAGCCAACCCUCUCUGAAAACGGCGAAAAGUCAGAAUUCCCUGAAAACGGCGAAAAGUGAGAAGAAUCUGGAGACAAAGGGAAGCAAGAAGGGAUCCAAAAAGAGUAAAAGAGCCGAAUCGGCAAAGAAGAUGGUGACGGAAGAAAAUGGAAAGAAAGGGUGAGAGGAGUCGAAAAUAGAUUCAGAAGUGUUUCGACUGUUUUCAGAAAGAAACUGACUUCGAAGAAGAGUCAGAGUCUUCUGGACAAAUCUGGAAAGUCAGGAAAGACCGAGAAGUCUCUAUACAUGUAGAACUCUCCAUGAUCAUCGAACUAAUAAAAACACGAUGCGUUCUUUCUGUAUGAGUAAAAACAUGCUAUAACAGUUUUCUCUUUCGACGUUUAGUUCACAAAAUUGCCACGUGAAACACUUUGCUCUUCUCACAAACUCUUGCUCAUUUUCGAUUGAAAUCCGCUUCGAAGUAAGUUUUCCUUUGAAGAAACAUCACAAAAGAGCAGUUCAGAGGAUGCAAGACGUCAACAGUAUAAUAAUUGAUGUCCUGAGCAUUGGCUCUCACGACAAACCGAUUUGUAAAGUGAUUCAAGAAGAUCGCAUUCUGAAACUGCUGGACCAAGCAAAGGAGAUCGUCAAAAUGCAGGGAGCGCUGGUGGAAGUGGAGGCGCCGAUUAAAGUGUGCGGAGACGUGCACGGCCAGUUCCCAGACCUCGUCCGGCUCUUCCACCGGGGCGGAUGGCCACCGCUCUCCAACUACUUGUUCCUCGGCGACUACGUCGAUCGCGGCAGGUUCAACAUUGAAACGAUCGUUCUGCUAUUGGCUUACAAGGUGAUUUCUAGUCUUUGAAUGCUUCAAAGCAUCUUCAAUUCAGGUCAGAUUCGCGAAGAACUUCUUCCUUUUGCGAGGAAAUCACGAGUGUGAGUAUAUAAACAAAACGUACGGAUUUUAUGAGGAAUGCCAGAAGCGCUACCAGAGCACUCGCCUCUACGAAGCCUUCCAGGUCAGUUCCCUUCUUUCAGGGAGGUAGUUUUCAAUUCAUUAUACUUCUCAGGAUCUGUUCAACUGGCUCCCGUUGUCCGGUCUCAUUUCCGAUCGCAUUCUUUGCAUGCACGGAGGUCUCUCGCCCGAGCUGAAGUCUCUGAACGAUCUGAGAAACAUUGCGCGACCGAAUCUCGCUCGAACUGGACUCGAAGUAGACCUUCUUUGGGCCGAUCCGAUCAUCGGACUCAACGGAUUCAUGGCGAAUCAGCGAGGAGCGGGAUGCGGAUUCGGGAAAGACAUUGUCCAGAAAACGUGUGCUGACCUCAACCUCGAUCUAAUUUGCCGUGCUCAUCAGGUCGUUCAGGACGGCUACGAAUUCUUCGCUGGAAGGAAACUUGUGGUGACUCAGUCCAUUGUUUGCAUCUCUUAACUUGAAAUUCCACUUUCAGACAAUCUUCUCGGCUCCUCACUACUGUGGCCAAUUCGAUAACUGCGCCGCGUUCAUGAUUUGUGAUGAGAAACUUCAGUGCUCGUUCGAGAUUCUUCGUCCGACGACCGGCCGUCUCGAGAUCCGCGAGAAGACGCUGUUGAAGGAUGAAGCCAACUGA